UUUUCACAAUUACAAAGUUUUUAAGAACACUGGUGUAAAAAUAAAAGAAAACAUUAUUAAAAUAUCUCGCGUACUUUAUUAAUUUGUUAUUUUUAAUAAUUUUUUAAUAUGGGAAUAAAUCUCGAUCACAUAAUAAAAUCGGAUUCUGAUCCUAUUAUACCACCUUUUUACGCUAUCUUUAAUUGUGUGUUUUUUACAUUAUGUUUCGUUGGAGGUUUAUAUUUUUCGAAGACAACAAGAAUUGGUGGUAAUAAUCCUCAAUUAACAAAAGACCAUCCGAAAGUUAUCAUGAAUCGUGGAAUUAGUGUUAUCAUCUCUUGCUCGAUUUCAUUCAUUGGAGUUUGGUUUUUAAUACGUCUUUGCGGAGGAUUUGAUGACUCAGCUACAGUUUUGACAGAAAUUAAAACAACAUGGGUACUUCUUGGAUUCUCAUUGCCAACUAGUUCAUACUAUUUAUUAAAUACACUUCUUAUUCCUUUGGGGUUAACAAUGUCAUUAUUUGCUGGUCCUUUAUUGAUUAAAUUUUUGGAUAAAGAAUUACCUUUUCAAGCUGCAUUUAGUUGGCAAGAUGAUGUUUUUGAUUAUAUUGGAUCUUUGAUUGGAUUCAGAAAUUUAAUUUUUGCACCAUUUACUGAAGAAUAUGUAUUUAGAUGUUGCAUGGUUCCGCUUCUUGCUUUAGCAAAUUUUUCUCAUGCUCAAAUUAUAUUUUUAUCGCCUUUAGUAUUUGGAAUAGCUCACGUACAUCAUGCUUGGGAGACCUACAUCAAUCGUGGAAGAACUGCUGAAGCAGCAAAAGUCGCAAUAGUGAUUUCAGGAUUCCAAUUGACGUAUACUACACUAUUUGGAUGGUAUGCCACAUUUUUAUUUGUUAGAACAGGUCAUAUUAUUCCUCCAUUUUUUGCUCAUAUGUUUUGUAAUAUGAUGGGAUUUCCAUCUAUUAAUAUUUCAACAUAUUCAGAAGGAAUUAAAAAAGUUGUUAUAGUAGCCUUGUUCGGUGGGGUGAUUACCUUUGUAUUUUCUUUAUUUCCUGCAACUAAUCCAAGUUUAUAUGGAGACGUUGAAAAGUCAAUAUAUUGGUAUAAUACAACAAACAAUUAAUCUUAGGCUGCAAAGGGGACUAUUUAUUAUUACAAAAGUUAUUUCUUAGUCAUAUGAAUAAGAAUGAUCUGUAUAAACGGUUGUUUAAACUUGUAGAAUUUUUUUUUUUUAACAAGAUUCAUAAUAUUAUUAUGAAUCUUUAAUACUAAAAGAUAUAAGACUAUUAUAAAAUUGAUCAUAUAGCAUAAAUCAUGA